UGAUUUGCUAUAACACACAACACCACCGUCUCUCUCUAUUUUCUCAACCACCAAAACGAAACACACACAACACACCCAACCAAAAAAAAGCUAAACAAAACAUGAGUCAGUGUGUUCCUAAUUGGGACCUCUCCGAACCCCCACCUUCCUCCGCGGCUGCCGGCCGUCCCCCUUUCCAAUCCUCAUCCUCCGCAGACGACGUCGUUCCAUUGUUUGAAUAUGAAGUGGCGGAACUGACAUGGGAAAAUGGGCAAUUGUCUAUGCAUGGCCUGGGCCUGCCGAGGGUAACCGGCAAGAUUCAGAACAGCGGUGGCGGGGGCGGUGUUGGUUCUAAGUACACGUGGGAUAAUAAGCCGGCACGUGCGAGUGGCACGCUUGAGUCAUUGGUGAACCAAGGAACUCGCCAUGGUAAGAAUAAUAUUAGUUUUGAUAUUAACACCGACGACACCAGCCACGGCGGUGCCAAUGAUUUGGUGCCGUGGUUUUCCGACCACCAUAGGCAAACGCCGACCGCUUCCACCGCCGACGCCAUGGUUCCAUGCGACGGCGAAAAGUCGGCCACGGUGGGUGGUGGCGGCGACAAGUCGAGUGAUAUCCCUGUGGCGGCGCGUAAGGAGGACGAGGACUGUAGAGUGAUCCAUGGAAAACGUGGAAAGGUAGUGGCGCGUGUGGUUCACGCGGAGGGGGAGUGGAGUAGCUGCCGGAAUCAGAUCAGCGUGAGUGGCAACCGGGAAAGUGGUCAGAAAGUGACGUUGAACAGUAGUCGCGAUAGGAAUUUCGUCGCCGUUGACGUUAGCGUUGGGUUCACUGCUACCACUGCCACGUCACAAGGGUCGCUUGAUAAUACAAGCUCCGACAAGCCGUGCGUUAAGAACACCACCGUCACCACUACCGACGACCAUGAUUCUGUAUGCCAUAGCACACAUCAGGUGGAAGAAGAGGACGAAGGAGACAGAAAGAAAGAGAAUGCCAAAUCCUCAGUUUCUACUAAAAGAAGUAGGGCUGCUGCUAUACAUAACCAAUCUGAACGUAAAAGGAGAGACAAAAUUAACCAAAGGAUGAAGACAUUGCAAAAGCUGGUUCCGAAUUCCAAUAAGACAGACAAAGCUUCAAUGUUGGAUGAGGUAAUUGAAUAUUUGAAGCAACUGCAAGCACAAGUCCAAAUGAUGAGUAGAAUGAACAUGCCAAUGAUGUUACCGAUGGCGAUGCAACAACAACUUUCAAUGGCGCCGUUAAUGGCACCGAUGGGGUUAGGUAUGGGGAUGGGGGGAAUGGGAAUGCCUUUGGGAAUGGACCAUUUGAACAUGAUGGCAGGUCGUUCUGGCCUUACCGCCGGGAUGUCUCCGCUCCUCCACCCAACGGCCUUUAUGCCCAUCCCGACAUGGGAUGGAGGUACUGAUCAACUCCAACAUUCUCCGACUACCAUGGUCGCAGACCCUUUCUCGACGUUUCUUGCAUGUCAACAACAGCCUAUGACAAUGGAAGCAUACAAUAGAAUUGCCACAAUGUUUCAGCAACUUCAUCAACAUACACCCACAGUGGGGGGCUCCAAGAACUAAUUCAAUUCACAUCAUUUUCAAAUAAUCUUUUUAGAAGUUAUAUGUGUGAUAUAGAAUGUUGUGUUCAAUUGGAUUUAGAAACGAAAACUAAAAUAAUAAUAAUAAUAAUAUAGUAAAAGACGGGGAGAAAAUGUAAAGUACUACUACUACCUACGACACAAUAUAGUUGUGUUGAACUUUUGAGUUUUAGAGUUAUGUUCUAAUUAUUUUGUGUCUCUUCCUUGGUCA